AUGCUCCCGUCAACCCUUCUGGCGCUCCUCUUCACGCUUCUCCCACCCGCGUCCGCCGUCGACCGCAAACUACCAACCAGCAACGAAUCGCUAUUAUGGGGUCCCUAUCGUCCGAAUUUGUACUUGGGUCUCCGCCCUCGUGUGCCCAAAAGUCUCGUUGCCGGGGUCAUGUGGGCGAAGCUGGAAGACGUAGAGACGACAUUACGACAUAACGUAAACCAGAGCGAGGGCAUGGCCCGAUACGGUUGGAUCGCAUACGACACACGGGAGGGUGGCAGACAAACCAUAGAAGAUGUCGGAAACAAGGUGAACCUCGUAACCGAGUUCAUAAAGUACUCUGAAGGCCAGAGCCAGGGAAAUUGGGGUUUGCGCAUAAAAGGCCUACCAAGGCCUGACGCGCCACAAGAUUUCAAGACGACUGUAGUCUUCUACAUCGGCAUGGAGGCUAUGGAAGCCUGCACCGACUGCAAGCUCGAAGCGCGUCAGCAAUUCGAGGCUGGCGAAGACAACAUUGUGCAAGCUGUGAACAUGAACAUUGCGCAUCCAGAAUUGGGUACCGCUGGCAUUCACAUCCCAGUGCCUGUCAAUGCAGAAGAGAAGCGUGAGGUAGCGUACAUCAAGACGCUGAACGUGACAGAAGAUAGGCUAUGGCAGGGCAAAUACCAGACCAAGGACCGCACGGAACCAGGACCAAAUGACAUCGUGCUGCGCAACGCCCCAGGCAAUGGAAACAUGCAGCUAGUUCAAAUGGUGUGCCAUGGAGAAUUCGAGUUCGAUAUUCUCUACUCCAGUGAUACAGCGAAGCGAGCCAUGACCUCUGCUGGUCUCACUACCAGUCUAGAAAGCACCCUAAAGUCUUUUGACAAGAACUUCGCUGCAGCGUUCAGACUGAAAACUCCCUUUACCACCGACCAGCACCGCGCCUUUGCUCAAAACACAUUCUCCAACCUAUUGGGCGGACUGGGAUACUUCACUGGAACUGCAAAGGUCGACACAGCGAAGAAAGCUAUCUAUGCCGAGACGACGAGAAACUUCUGGCAGAAGUCAGUCGACGCGAAGAAACAUACAACACCUGAAACAAAAGGCCCAUACGAGCUUCUUACACAUACACCGUCUCGCGCGGCCUUCCCAAGGGGUUUCCUAUGGGACGAGGGGUUUCAUCUCCUACUCGUCAUCGAGUGGGAUGCCGAUCUCGCUUUGGAGGUUAUACGCGACUGGCUCUUCCUCAUGGACGACGAUGGCUGGAUAGCAAGAGAACAGAUCUUAGGCGCCGAAGCAGAGGGCGGCACGCCUGCUGAAUUCGUCACCCAAUUUCCGCACAUUGCCAAUCCACCAACUAUGUUCCUGGUCAUCUCGAAGUUCAUCGAUAUGCUGAAAGGGACGACGAAAUAUCAUGGGCAUGACUCGCUUUACCUCGCCAAAGCCGAGACUGGUAAGGCUCUAGUGGCAAAGAUGUAUCCGUUACUCAAGAAGCACUACGAUUGGUUCCGGAAGUCGCAAUCUGGAGACGUGGAGGCACAUUCGAUUCCAGCGGCCAACCUGAAUGAAGGCUAUAGAUGGCGGGGUCGAACGCCAGGAACGAACUUUGCCAGUGGACUGGACGAUUACCCUCGGGCAGAACCCCCUGACAUCACCGAGUUGCAUUUGGAUGCCUUGUGCUGGGUUGGCGUAAUGGCGCGAACACUUGAACGGGUUGCGUUUAUCACAGAGAAUGCACACGACGCGCUCACAUUCCAGAACCAUAUCCGUGGUGUCAAGACCAACAUCGACAUUAUACACUGGGUGAAAGAGCCAAAUACAUACUGCGAUGCUGUAGUGCGGAACGACUUGCAUGCCCAUGCUUGCCACAAAGGCUACGUCUCAAUAUUCCCGCUUCUCACCGGCUUCACCGAUGCCUCACACCCACACCUACCCGCCAUGCUAACCCUUCUUCGCGACCCCGAACAACUAUGGACAGACUUCGGCGUCCGUAGUCUGAGUCCUGAAGAUGAAGCCUACGGAACAGGGGAUAAUUACUGGCGCUCACCCAUCUGGGUUAACAUCAACUACCUCAUCCUCACCAACCUGCUUGACCUCGCCCAGAUACCAGGUCCUUCACAGCAACGCUGUCGCGAAAUAUACAUCGAACUACGUCGUAACAUCGUUCACACUGUCUUCAACUCUUACCUCAAGACAGGGUAUGUAUGGGAACAGUACGAUCCUAUCAAAGGAGAUGGACAUCGCACACAGCACUUUACCGGCUGGACAGCAUUAGUGGUCAAGGUCAUGGCGAUGCCUGAUUUAGAAAAGGAUGACGGCGUAACGGAGAAGAUGAAGGGGUACUAUGAGGAAGCGAAGAAGCAGGCAGUGCAGAAUCAGAGGACUGGGGCAGGCAGUGUGGUAUUUGCGGUUGUGUUCAUGGGUUUUGUCUACGUGACGAGGAGGAGGUUUGCGGGGACAUUGAGGAGUUGGCGGAGAAGUAAUUGA